AUCAGUCUUCUUGUUCCCAGCCCCCCCUCGAUAUUGUUCGAAUUCCUGCAAACCGACAUCACUCAUUCCCUUUAUAUUUUCAAUAACUCGACCAAAGAGCAUGGCGACACGACCUUCGAAAAAGAGGCGACUGAGCCCACCUCAGUCCGAGAACGGGGUUUCGGAUGCCAAAGUACAAAAGGCCUUUUUCAAGAGCGCUUCCGGCUGGAACUUAGAACAAGACUACGAAUCACGACCGAGAAAAGGCAAGAAGAAGGACAAGGAGAGCAAUAAGCUGCCCAUCAAGACUGCCGACGGUCGCUUGCAGCAGGUUCAAAACACCUUCAACGACGCUGCCUCCAUCGAGAGCGAUGGGGACUGGCUGGAUGGAGACGAGGACGAUGCAGCAGGCUCAGAGCCCGAGUCGGAAAAGGUCGAGGCUGUGCCGACGCUGUCGGAGCGCGAACAGAUCCUGAAAGCGAAGGAAGAGUUGGCCAAGAUUGGCUCGCAACUGAGCGAAGACCCCGAAGAACAUCCCGGCGCAUUCAAGAAUCUGGCAAAGAUAGGGCACACGCGCAUUCCUGCGGUACAGAAGCUCUGUCUGGUGACACAGUUGGCAGUCUACAAGGAUGUCAUUCCCGGUUACAGGAUACGACCGAGCUCAGAAGAUCCCGCUGGCCAGAAGCUUUCCAAGGAGGUCAAGAAGGUGCGGACGUACGAGCAUGCGCUCGUGACAGGCUAUCAAGUAUACCUGAAAGACCUGACAAGGUAUGCGAAGCUGAAGGGCUCCGAGGACAGCCAUGGUCUCUCUAAGGUUGCCAUCACCUGUGCUUGUACUUUGGUCAAGGCAGUUCCGCACUUCAACUUCCGGACCGACCUCCUGAAAAUCUUGGUGAGCAAGCUGAGCUCGCGGAGGGUAGACGAGUCCUUCAACAAGUGCCUGAGGUCUCUCGAGAUGCUUUUCAAAGAGGACGAAGAAGGCAGGCCGUCUAUGGAAGCCGUAUCUCUCCUCAGCAAGAUGAUGAAGGCAAAGAAGUAUCAAGUUCACGAGACGGUGCUCAACUUGUUCCUCUAUCUCAGGCUACUGUCUGAGUACUCUGGGAAAGCCUCCAAGGAUGGAGUAGACGGUCCGGAUGGAGCACCCAGCACAUCGCUCAAGAAGAAGAAGGAGUUUCGCACAAAGCGUGAGCGGAAAGCCAUGAAGGAGGAGAAAGCCCUAGCGAAGGAGAUGGCACAAGCGGAUGCUCUAGUUAGUCACGAGGAACGGGACCGCAUGCAGUCAGAGACCUUGAAGCUGGUGUUCGCCACAUACUUCCGCGCGCUCAAGGAGAGACUGCCACAUCUCAUGGGCGCUGUACUGGAGGGGUUGGCCAAGUACGCUCACCUCAUCAACCAGGACUUCUUCGGAGAUCUGCUCGAAGCGCUCAAGGACCUCAUCCGCUACAGUGAAGAGGACGCUGCUGCAGAGGAAGAGACAGAAGACGCCGAGAACGACGAGGAGGAAGAAGACUCAACAGUUCGCAACACAACCAGAGAGGCAUUGCUGUGUACAGUCACUGCCUUCGCCCUCCUGGCUGGACAAGACGCCCACAACGCACGCGCAGAUUUGCAUUUGGACUUGUCAUACUUCACGACACAUCUCUUCCAGAGCCUUCUCCCGUUGGCCACCAAUGCGAACUUGGAGCUCGGAGCCAAGUCAUUGCAUCUUCCGGAUCCGGACAGUCCCCAGUCGGCUGUUAACAAGGCGAACAAGGUCAACAUCCAAACCAUGACCGUGCUUCUGGUCAGAUGUUUGACUGCAGUCCUGUUACCGCCCUGGAACAUCCGCUCGGUCCCUCCUCUGCGACUGGCAGCCUUCACCAAGCAGCUGAUGACCAUUGCAUUGCAGAUGCCAGAGAAGUCGUGUCAGGCCAUGCUGGCCCUGAUCAAUGACGUGAGCCACACACAUGGCAAGAAGAUCGCGGCACUCUGGAACUCGGAGGAGAGGAAGGAUGAUGGGACUUUUAACCCGUUCAGCGAGUCUGUGGAGGGAAGCAAUCCCUUUGCCACAACUAUCUGGGAGGGUGAGCUGCUACGCAGACAUUAUAGCCCCAAGGUUCGUGAGGGCCAAAAGCUUCUGGACAAGAGCCUCCGGUCGCUAUAAGAUACCUAGACUUCGAGUCACCCUAGUUGUCGACAAAAAUCUAGCAUUUACCAAUGAUACUUGAUUCCAACCCG